GGGGACAGGGGGGCGGGGCUCCGCGCCCAGGCGGAAGGACACACGAGGCGGCCUCGCCGCACGCUCCACAAAGUUUCAGCCUAACUUCGGGCGGCGGCUGGGGCGGCUGGGGCGGCGGCCGGGCUGCACGAGUCGAGGCGUUGGAAGCGGAGCUGCGAAGGGGAGGCGGGGGCGGAGCGCCAGAGAGGAGAAGGGGGUGGAGAGAGGAGGAAGCGGGGCUCCUCCGUCGGGACCCCCCCACCUCUCCAUGUGGAGCUGCCCCGGCGGCCACGGCGGCGGAGGCGGCGAGCGAGAAGAUGCCCGGCCCGCGCCACGCCGCGCUCUGGGCGCUCCUGGCGCUCUGGCUGUGCCGCGCGGCCCCCGCGCGCGCUUUGCAAUGUCGAGAUGGCUAUGAGCCCUGUGUGAACAAAGGAAUGUGUGUUACUUACCACAAUGGCACAGGAUACUGCGAGUGCCCAGAGGGCUUCUUGGGAGAGUAUUGUCAACAUCGAGACCCCUGUGAAAAGAAUCGCUGUCAGAAUGGUGGGACCUGUGUGGCCCAGGCCACGUUGGGAAAAGCCACAUGCCGAUGUGCUCCAGGGUUCACAGGAGAGGACUGCCAGUUCUCAACGUCUCACCCCUGCUUCGUGUCUCGCCCUUGCCAGAAUGGAGGCAUCUGCCACACACGUGGCCGGGAUACCUUUGAGUGCACGUGCCAAGUCGGCUUUACAGGGAAGCUGUGCCAGUGGACUGAUGCCUGCCUGUCUCAUCCUUGUGCAAAUGGAAGUACCUGCACCAUUGUGGCCAACCAGAUCUCCUGCAAAUGCCUUGCAGGCUUCACAGGGCAGAGGUGUGAGACUGAUGUCAAUGAGUGUGAUGUUCCAGGACGCUGCCAGCAUGGCGGGACCUGCCUCAACCUGCCUGGUUCCUACCAAUGCCAAUGUCCACAGGGCUUCACAGGCCAGCACUGUGAAAGCCCCUAUGUGCCUUGUGCCCCGUCCCCCUGUGUCAACGGAGGCACCUGCCGGCAGACUGGAGACUUCACUUUUGAGUGCAACUGCCUUCCAGGUUUUGAAGGGAACACCUGUGAACGGAACAUAGAUGACUGCCCUAACCACAAGUGUCAAAAUGGAGGGGUUUGUGUGGAUGGAGUCAACACUUACAACUGCCGCUGCCCGCCGCAGUGGACAGGGCAGUUCUGUACAGAGGAUGUGGAUGAGUGCCUGCUGCAACCCAACGCCUGUCAGAACGGGGGCACCUGUACAAACCGCAACGGGGACUACGGCUGUGUGUGUGUCAACGGCUGGAGCGGGGAUGACUGCAGUGAGAACAUCGACGACUGUGCCUUCGCCUCCUGCACUCCCGGCUCCACCUGCAUUGACCGCGUGGCUUCCUUCUCCUGCAUGUGUCCAGAGGGAAAGGCAGGUCUCCUGUGUCAUCUGGACGAUGCAUGCAUUAGCAACCCUUGCCACAAGGGGGCACUGUGUGACACCAACCCUCUGAAUGGGCAGUAUAUUUGCACCUGCCCACAGGGCUACAAAGGCGCUGACUGUACCGAAGAUGUAGAUGAGUGUACCAUGGCCAACAGCAAUCCCUGUGAGCAUGCAGGAAAAUGCAUGAAUACAGAUGGUGCCUUCUACUGCGAGUGUCUAAAGGGCUAUGCAGGGCCUCGCUGCGAAAUGGACAUCAACGAGUGCCAUUCAGACCCCUGCCAGAAUGAUGCCACCUGCUUGGAUAAGAUAGGAGGCUUCACGUGUCUGUGCAUGCCAGGUUUCAAAGGUGUGCAUUGUGAAUUGGAGAUAAAUGAAUGUCACAGCAACCCCUGCGUCAACAACGGGCAAUGUGUGGAUAAAGUCAAUCGCUUCCAGUGUCUCUGUCCACCUGGUUUUACAGGGCCGGUAUGCCAGAUUGAUAUUGAUGACUGUUCCAGCACUCCGUGUCUGAAUGGGGCAAAGUGCAUUGAUCACCCGAAUGGCUAUGAGUGCCAGUGUGCCACAGGCUUCACCGGCGUGUUGUGUGGGGAGAACAUCGACAACUGCGACCCUGACCCCUGCCACCACGGCCAGUGCCAGGAUGGCAUUGACUCCUACACCUGCCUCUGCAACCCCGGGUACAUGGGCGCCAUCUGCAGCGACCAGAUCGACGAGUGCUACAGCAGCCCCUGCCUCAACGAAGGGCGCUGCAUCGACCUGGUGAACGGCUACCAGUGCAACUGCCAGCCAGGCACGUCAGGCGGCAAUUGUGAGAUCAACUUUGAUGACUGUGCGAGCAGCCCGUGUGUCCAUGGAGUCUGUGUGGAUGGAAUCAAUCGCUACAAUUGUGUCUGCUCACCGGGAUACACAGGGCAGAGAUGUAACAUCGACAUUGAUGAGUGUGCAUCUAAUCCUUGCCGCAAGGGGGCGACGUGCGUCAACGAUGUGGAUGGUUUCCGCUGCUUAUGCCCUGAGGGACCUCAUCACCCAAGCUGCUACUCACAGGUGAAUGAGUGUCUGAGCAACCCCUGCAUUCACGGCAACUGCACCGGAGGUCUCAGUGGAUAUAAGUGCCUUUGUGAUGCAGGCUGGGUUGGUGUCAACUGUGAGGUAGACAAAAAUGAAUGUCUGUCUAACCCAUGCCAGAAUGGAGGAACUUGCGACAACCUGGUGAAUGGAUACAGGUGUACUUGCAAGAAGGGUUUUAAAGGCCACAACUGCCAGGUGAAUAUUGAUGAAUGUGCUUCAAACCCAUGCUUGAACCAAGGAACCUGCUUUGAUGAUAUAAGUGGCUACACUUGUCAGUGUGUGCUGCCAUACACAGGCAAGAAUUGUCAGACUGUCUUGGCUCCCUGUUCCCCAAAUCCUUGUGAGAACGCUGCUGUCUGCAAGGAGUCACCAGACUUUGAGAGCUACACCUGUGUGUGUGCUCCUGGCUGGCAAGGUCAGCGAUGCACAAUUGAUGUGGAUGAGUGUGUCUCAAAGCCCUGCCUGAACCACGGGGUCUGCCACAACACACAGGGCAGCUACAUGUGCGAAUGUCCCCCGGGCUUCAGUGGGAUGGACUGUGAGGAGGACAUCGACGACUGCCUUACCAAUCCCUGCCAGAAUGGAGGUUCCUGUAUGGACAGAGUGAACACUUUCUCCUGCCUUUGCCUUCCGGGCUUCGUUGGGGAGAAGUGCCAAACCGACAUGAAUGAGUGUCUCAGCGAACCCUGCAAGAAUGGAGGGACCUGCUCCGACUACGUCAACAGCUACACUUGCAAGUGUCCGGCGGGGUUUGAUGGAGUCCACUGUGAGCACAACAUCGAUGAGUGCACUGAGAGCUCCUGUUUCAAUGGUGGCACGUGUAUUGAUGGGAUCAACUCCUUCUCCUGCCUCUGCCCUGUGGGUUUCACUGGUCCCUUCUGCCUCCAUGAGAUCAAUGAGUGCAGCUCUAAUCCGUGCCUGAAUGAGGGAACCUGUGUCGAUGGCCUGGGCACCUACCGCUGUAUCUGCCCCCUGGGCUACACUGGGAAAAGCUGUCAGACCAUCGUGAACCUGUGCAGCCGGUCACCAUGUAGAAACGGGGGAACUUGUGUGCAGGACAAAGCCGAGGCGCGGUGCCUGUGUCCAUCUGGCUGGGCUGGUGCCUACUGUGAUGUGCCUAGUGUCUCCUGCGAAACAGCAGCCCUCCGCAGAGGUGUGUCUGUUGCCCACUUGUGUCAGCACUCAGGCGUCUGCAUAGAUGCUGGCACCACACACCACUGUCAGUGUCCCUUUGGCUACACUGGGAGCUACUGUGAGGAGCAGCUCGAUGAAUGCGCGUCUAAUCCCUGCCAGCACGGCGCCACCUGCAGUGACUUCAUCGGUGGAUACGGAUGUGAGUGUGUGCCAGGAUAUCAGGGUGUCAACUGUGAAUACGAAGUGGACGAGUGCCAGAAUCAGCCAUGCCAGAAUGGAGGCACCUGUAUUGACCUUGUGAACCACUUCAAGUGCUCCUGCCCACCAGGCACUCGAGGCCUGCUUUGUGAAGAGAACAUCGAUGACUGUGCCGGUGGACCCCACUGCUUUAAUGGUGGUCAGUGUGUGGAUCGGAUUGGGGGCUAUAGCUGUCGCUGCUUGCCCGGCUUUGCUGGGGAGCGGUGUGAGGGGGACAUCAAUGAGUGUCUCUCCAGCCCCUGCAGCUCUGAGGGCAGCCUGGACUGCAUCCAGCUCACCAACAACUACCUGUGUGUCUGCCGCAGCGCCUUCACCGGCCGUCACUGUGAAACCUUUGUGGAUGUAUGUCCCCAAAUGCCUUGCCUGAAUGGCGGCACUUGUGCCGUGGCCAGCAACACGCCUGACGGCUUCAUCUGUCGCUGCCCCCCGGGAUUCUCUGGGGCAAGAUGCCAGAGCAGCUGUGGCCAAGUGAAGUGUCGCCGAGGGGAGCAGUGUGUGCACACAGCUUCGGGACCGCGCUGCUUCUGCCCCAACCCCCAGGACUGUGAUUCAGGCUGUGCCAGCAGCCCCUGCCAGCAUGGGGGCAGCUGCUACCCUCAACGGCAGCCUCCUUAUUACUCCUGCCGCUGUGCUCCUCCGUUCUGGGGCAGCCACUGUGAGCUCUACACGGCCCCCACCAGCAGCCCUCCUGCCACUUGUCUGAGCCAGUAUUGCGCCGACAAAGCUCGAGAUGGAGUCUGUGACGAGGCCUGCAACAGCCAUGCCUGCCAGUGGGACGGCGGUGACUGUUCCCUCACCAUGGAGGACCCCUGGGCCAACUGCUCCUCCCCGCUCCCCUGCUGGGAUUAUAUUAACAACCAGUGUGAUGAGCUAUGCAACACAGCCGAGUGCCUCUUUGACAACUUUGAAUGUCAAGGGAACAGCAAGACGUGCAAGUAUGACAAAUACUGUGCAGACCACUUCAAAGACAACCACUGUGACCAGGGCUGCAACAGCGAGGAGUGUGGCUGGGACGGGCUGGACUGUGCUGCUGACCGACCUGAGAACCUGGCGGAGGGCAUGUUGGUCAUUGUGGUGCUCAUGCCCCCGGAACAGCUGCUUCAGGACUCUCGCAGCUUCUUGCGAGCCCUGGGCACCCUGCUGCGCACCAACCUGCGCAUCAAGCAGGACUCCCAAGGAAACAUGAUGGUGUACCCCUACUACGGCGAGAAGUCUGCAGCCAUGAAGAAGCAGAGGAUGGCACGGAGAUCCCUUCCCAACGAACAGGAGCAGGAAGUGGUUGGCUCUAGGGUCUUUCUGGAAAUCGACAACCGCCAAUGUGUUCAAGACUCAGACCAGUGCUUCAAGAACACAGAUGCAGCAGCAGCUCUGCUGGCUUCUCACGCCAUCCAGGGGACCCUGUCAUACCCGCUCGUGUCUGUCGUCAGUGAAUCUCUGACUCCGAAGGGCACACAGAUGCUGUAUCUGCUCGCCAUCGCUGUGGUCAUCAUCCUGUUCAUCAUCCUGCUGGGAGUCAUCAUGGCAAAGCGCAAGCGGAAGCACGGCUCUCUCUGGCUGCCCGAAGGCUUCACUCUACGCCGAGACACCAGCAACCACAAGCGGCGCGAGCCUGUGGGACAGGAUGCGGUGGGGCUGAAGAAUCUCUCAGUACAAGUCUCAGAGUCCAACCUAAUUGUUUCUGGAACAAGUGGCCACUGGGUUGACGAUGAAGGACCCCAGCCAAAGAAGGCCAAGGCUGAAGACGAGGCUCUGCUGUCAGAGGAGGAUGAUCCCAUUGAUCGGCGCCCCUGGACACAACAGCACCUUGAAGCUGCAGACAUCCGUCGGACACCAUCACUGGCCCUCACUCCUCCUCAGGCAGAGCAGGAGGUGGACGUGCUGGACGUGAACGUCCGGGGCCCAGAUGGGUGCACCCCACUGAUGCUGGCCUCUCUCCGAGGAGGCAGCUCCGACGUCAGUGAUGAAGAUGAAGAUGCUGAGGACUCUUCUGCCAACAUCAUCACAGACUUGGUCUUCCAGGGUGCCAGCCUGCAGGCCCAGACCGACAGGACCGGCGAGAUGGCCCUACACCUUGCAGCCCGCUACUCGAGGGCUGAUGCUGCCAAGCGGCUCCUGGAUGCGGGCGCAGAUGCCAACGCACAGGACAACAUGGGCCGCUGCCCUCUGCAUGCAGCAGUGGCAGCUGACGCCCAAGGAGUCUUUCAGAUUCUGAUCCGCAAUCGAGUAACAGAUCUAGAUGCCAGGAUGAAUGAUGGAACCACACCGCUGAUCCUGGCUGCCCGCCUGGCUGUGGAGGGCAUGGUGGCCGAACUGAUCAACUGCCAAGCCGAUGUGAACGCCGUGGAUGACCAUGGAAAAUCUGCACUUCACUGGGCAGCUGCAGUCAACAACGUGGAGGCAACUCUUUUACUAUUGAAAAAUGGAGCUAACCGAGACAUGCAGGACAACAAGGAAGAAACGCCUUUGUUCCUUGCCGCCCGGGAGGGGAGCUAUGAAGCAGCCAAGAUCCUCUUGGACCACUUUGCCAAUCGGGACAUCACAGACCACAUGGAUCGUCUCCCCCGCGAUGUGGCCCGGGAUCGCAUGCACCAUGACAUCGUGCGCCUCCUGGAUGAAUACAAUGUGACCCCCAGUCCCCCGGGCACAAUGCUCACCUCUGCCCUGUCACCCGUCAUCUGCGGGCCCAACAGGCCCUUCCUCAGCUUGAAGCACACCCCGAUGGGCAAGAAGCCUCGGCGGCCCAAUGCCAAAAGUGCCAUCCCCACCAGCCUACCUAACCUUGCCAAGGAGGCCAAGGAGGCCAAAGGUAGCAGGAGGAAGAAAUCUCUGAGUGAGAAGGUCCAGCUGUCUGAGAGCUCGGUGACGUUAUCCCCUGUUGAUUCUCUGGAAUCCCCUCAUACAUACGUUUCUGAUACCACGUCCUCCCCAAUGAUCACAUCCCCCAGCAUCUUGCAGGCCUCCCCCAACCCUAUGUUGGCCACAGCAGCUCCCACGGCCCAAGUCCAUGCACAGCAUGCACUGUCUUUCUCCAACCUUCAUGAGAUGCAGCCUUUGGCUCAUGGCGGAGCCAACACUGUGCUCCCCUCAGUGAGCCAGUUGCUCUCCCACCACCACAUUGUCCCCCCAGGCAAUGGCAGUGCAGGGAGCUUGGGUAGGCUCCAUCCAGUCACUGUCCCAGCAGACUGGAUGAACCGUGUAGAGGUGAAUGAGACCCAGUACAAUGAGAUGUUUGGUAUGGUCCUGGCUCCAACUGAGGGCACCCACCCUGGUAUAACCCCCCAGAGUAGGCCGCCUGAGGGGAAGCACAUAGCUCCCCCACGGGAGCCCUUACCCCCUAUUGUGACUUUCCAGCUCAUCCCCAAAGGCAGUAUUGGCCAGUCCACUGGGGCUUCCCAGACUCAGUCCAGCUGCCCUCCAGCUGUUGCAGGCCCCUUGCCCACCAUGUACCAGAUUCCAGAAAUGGCCCGUUUGCCUGGUGUGGCUUUCCCUACUGCCAUGAUGCCCCAGCAGGAGGGGCAGGUAGCUCAGACAAUUCUCCCAGCCUAUCACCCUUUCCCAGCCUCUGUGGGCAAGUACCCCACACCCCCUUCACAGCAUAGCUAUGCUUCCUCAAGCGCUGCUGAGCGAACACCCAGUCACAGUGGUCACCUCCAGGGGGAGCAUCCGUACCUGACACCAUCCCCAGAGUCUCCUGACCAGUGGUCAAGUUCAUCACCCCACUCUGCUUCUGACUGGUCAGAUGUGACCACCAGUCCUACUCCGGGAGGUGCUGGAGGUGGUCAGCGGGGACCUGGGACCCACAUGUCUGAGCCACCACACAACAACAUGCAGGUGUAUGCAUGAAGGAGUCUGCCUCAGGUGGAGGACCAGAACUGCCGAUUGUAAAUGCUGCUGAGGAACAAAUGAAGGUCAUUCGGGAGAGAAAUGAAGAAAUCUCUGGAACCAACUUCUGGAGGCAGGAGGGAGAAGAUGCUUCUCUCUCUCAGAUAAUACAAGAGAAGCAGCUGUUGCACUUCACCGGGCAGCCACAGGGUUUUGUUGGGAGCAACAUGGCUCCUGCUAACCUCUUGCCCGUCGACCCAAGUUCAUGGAAAUGCAAGAAGAAUAUAAGCCCUGAUGCCGUGUUUAGUCUCUUCUGGUCGGAGAAUAAGAUGUUGUGCCUGUUGUUGCCC